AUGUUUAAACAGGAUUAUAACGCAACUAAUGAGACGUUAACGGAACACUAUGCAUUGGGAGCAACAAUAAUCUCACCUAUUACCAUGUUCUUAGCUGGACUCGUGGGCAAUGUGUUAGCUUUAAUUGUUUUACAUAGAACUCGACGAAAGAUUAAACGGAUGAUGUUUUAUACCCUAGUGGCUGCUCUAGCUUGGACAGACCUCACUGGAAUUAUUCUGACCUCACCAGUAACUAUAGCCGCUUAUAUUAACAGACGCGAAAUGCCCGGUGGAGAAAGUUUAUGUAAAUUUAAUGCUUUUAUCAUGAUUUGUUUUGGAUUAUCUACUCCGUUUAUCGUGUGUGCUAUGGCCGUUGAACGGUUCCUAGCUUUAAGGUGCACUUAUUUCUAUUCGAAAUAUUGUACUAUACAAAAUGCAAGAAUAACUGUAGUUUCCUUGUGGGCCUUUGUUUUUGUUUUUAGUACGUUGCCUUUAUUUGGUUUUGGAGAGUUUACAUUACAAUAUCCACAUACCUGGUGCUUUUUGAACUUUCACACAGACGAUUUGAUAAUAGCUUUGUAUGGUUAUAGCUAUUCUAUAUUAAAUUUAAUAGUGGUUAUAUUAAUGAUGUUCUGUAAUGGUUAUGUAAUGGUGUCUCUAUUUAGAGUCAGAUACAUUAAGAAAAAACAAGACAAAGAACGAUCUGCUAGUAUCUGUAGUAGUUUAAUGGAAGGUUUUGAUGAAAACAAGAGACUUCAAGCUCAGAUUAAAAAACAGAAACAAAAAGAUGUGGAAAUGCAGAUGAUUUGGUUGAUGUGUGCUAUUUCUACUAUAUUUGCUGUUUGCUGGGCUCCAUUAAUGAUACACAUAAUUAUAACAUUGGUAACUGGUAUACCAAGACCCUAUGUUGGUUUAUUGUGUAUCAGAUUAGCUAGUUUAAAUCAAACAUUAGAUCCAUGGUUAUAUAUCUUACUGAGAAAAACUUUUGUCAAACGUGUCCACAAAACCAUCAAAAAGAUCUGUUGU